AUGUCGAAGCAUUAGUCGAGUUACUUUCGUAAUAAGUUCGUGUAUAAUCGGUGUCAAUAAACCAACAUGGCUUCCAGGAAGGGUGGAAAACAGGGCUUGCUUUCUAAGUGGGAAAUUGGAGAUGAAAAACCAGUCCAGAUAGAUAAAUGGGAUGGAAAUGCAGUUAAAAAUGCAUUAGAUGACGCUGUUCGAAAGAUUUUGACAGAACACCUCAAAUUUGUUGAAAACAAUAGUGUGAUUGACACAAGGCUUGCAUUAUGCACAGUAGCUUGUCUCUUUGCUAUUGGUGCCUUAAUAUAUGAUUACAUCACCCCCUUUCCUAAUUCUCGUACAGUGUUGAUCCUUUGUGUACUUGCAUAUUUUAUCUUAAUGGGUGUAUUAACAGUGUUCACAACAUUUAGAGAAAAGAACUACAUAGUGUUUGCAAAUGAAAAAGAUAAGGCUGGAAUGGGUCCAGAUCACUUGUGGAGUGCACGAUCAACACUGAAAAGAUAUGAUGAUAUUUAUGAGUUGACACUGUGUUAUAAAGAUGGGGAGACACAAAGAAGUGAAGAACAAACUAUGAAAAAAUCUGUUGCUUCAUGGUUCGAUGAAAAUGGGGAACUUCACUUCGACAUCUUCUUAAAUGAUGUAAUGGAGAUGCAAAAAGGUUUAAAAAAGGAGAAAGCACAGUAGCAGAAUUAAUUCACCAUUGUUGUAUAAUGUGCUGUAGUUAUAUUAAGAACUCAUUAAACAUAUCUGCACAUGAAAUUGGUUGUUUUAUUAG